CUGUUUCUGUCCUCCACUAAACCACAGUAUAUAGCUCAACUCUAUUAGCUCACACCAUAUUCACUCAAUUAGCUCCUUUUCUUGUUUCCAACAUUAACUUUGCAAAAUUCAAAAGCAAUGACAUUGUAUAUUUUCUUCUUUCUUCUUUGUGCUUUUGUGGGAAUUGGGAAUGCAUUUCCUCAUCCAGACAAAAUAAUACUAUUGCCUGGACAACCCCAAGUGGGAUUUCAACAAUUUUCAGGUUAUGUUACUGUUGAUGAUAAGAAACAAAGAUCUCUCUUUUAUUACUUUGUUGAAGCAGAAAUAAAUCCAGCUUCUAAGCCUUUGGUUUUGUGGUUGAAUGGAGGACCUGGUUGUUCUUCUUUAGGUGUAGGUGCAUUCUCUGAAAAUGGUCCUUUUAGACCAAAUGGACAAGUUCUUGUUAAGAAUGAGUACAGUUGGAACAAAGAGGCAAAUAUGUUGUAUUUGGAGUCUCCAAUUGGAGUUGGCUUCUCUUAUUCAACUAAUACAUCUUCAUAUGAGACAGUUAAUGAUGAGACAACAGCUAGGGACAAUGUUGUGUUCUUACAAAGCUGGUUCGACAAAUUCCCACAGUAUAGAAACAGCAAUUUAUUUUUAACUGGGGAGAGUUAUGCAGGCCAUUAUGUACCUCAACUUGCCAAGCUCAUGAUUGAGCUUAACCAGAAGAAAAAGUUGUUCAAUCUGAAAGGGGUUGCACUGGGUAAUCCAGUUCUGGAAUUCGCCACUGACUUCAACUCGAGGGCUGAGUACUUCUGGUCUCAUGGACUAAUAUCAGAUUCCACAUACAGAAUGUUCACUUCUUUUUGCAAUUAUUCUCGUUACGUGAGUGAGUACUACAGGGAUAAUGUAUCACCAAUGUGUUCAAAAGUCAUGAGCCUAGUAAGUAGAGAAACCAGUAAAUUCGUAGACAAAUAUGACGUUACCCUGGAUGUCUGUCUCUCAUCAGUGCUCUCUCAAUCCAAAAUUAUAAGUCCCCAAGAAAACGCUGACGCUGAGAAGAUAGACGUCUGCAUCGACGAUAAAACUGUCAAUUACUUAAACCGACAAGAUGUGAGAAGGGCUCUUCAUGCUAGGCUUGUUGGAGUUCGCAGAUGGGAUGUUUGCAGCAACAUUCUGGAUUAUCAAUUACUUGACAUAGAGACACCAACAAUCUCUAUAGUAGGGUUGCUUGUCAAGGAGAGAAUUCCAGUCUUAAUUUACAGUGGGGAUCAAGAUUCUGUUGUUCCAUUGACUGGAAGCCGCACCGUCGUACAUCAACUAGCAAAACGGAUGGGACUUAACACAACUGUACCCUAUAGAGUUUGGUUUGCAGGGCAGCAGGUUGGUGGAUGGACUAUAGUGUAUGAUAAUAUCCUUUCAUUUGCCACCGUUAGAGGAGCUGCUCAUGAAGUUCCUUUCUCUCAACCAGAGAGAUCACUUGUUCUAUUCAAGUCAUUUCUUGAAGGCAGGGCACUUCCUGAAGUAUUCUGAGAUCAACAAAUUGGUGGUGGACAGCCAGAGCAAAUAGGUCUUUCUUGUACAUUCAUUUCACAACUAAAUGUAAAAGUAAUUUUUUUCAUCGCUUUUUUUGGCUCGGAAAGAUUAAAAGGAGAAGACUAGAAGAGGCUGAAAAGUUGUGCUAGGAAGAAAAGUAGUAUGUGAAAAGUUAGUUUUCUUUUUCUGUCUUCAUAGUUUGGCUGGCAUGCAAAUUAGUGCAGAAAGAGCAUCUAUAAACUUUGUUGAAAGCAAAAGGUUCCAUGACCAAAAGUUUGAUUUUUCAUGAUUUAUACUUCAUGUGUUGGGUUAGCACAUGUCAAGGUUGCUCAGUUAGUGCGGUUUAUGAUGUGAUAAGUUUGAAAACAUGCUCAAAUUGAGCUGUUUACUUC